CUGCCGGAGUCUUCACUGUGAUUACAAUGCAUCAAAUAGUGGUGACUUGGAGGGAACAGACUGCCCCAAUUUAGGAAAAAACUGCUAGAAUAAGAUUGAGUCUUUUCAUUUACUUUGAAGAAUAGAGAUGAAUAUCUUUGGCAAAUGAUUAAGGAGUCCGAAAAGGCUGAACGCUGACUGAAAUGAGCUGAAUACGGAGAAAGGGACGCGCGAAGCUUCACGGUAACAGGUGGACCUUUAUUUUUUCAUCUCUUUUUAGCCUUUGUGUCAGUUUUUUAACAUCAUUUUAGCAGCUGCAUGCUCUCAGCAGCUGUAGAGGAAUGUGAAAACAUGAAGUGCUCAGGUGUUCAUGUCCCGGAGGAAACACAGCAGAGAGAAAGACUUAAGAAGGAAGCUCUUAAACUUUAAACAAAGUCACCAACCCUCCUCCAAAACUGCCUCAGAGUGAGGACAAGCUCCGAUGCAUGGACAGCAGGAUGUUUUCUGGUCAGGAUGCUCUGAAUUACAGCUUUAACCAGAGCGGUGACAUGGAGCUGGUGGACGAGCACGAUGAAGCCAGAGGGAGGCUGUCUCCCGCCGGCUUCGUCGUGCUCUCCGUGGUGCUGGGCUUCAUCAUGACUUUUGGCAUCCUCAACAACUUCGUCGUGCUGCUUUUGUUUUGCAAAUUCAAGAAACUGCGGACGCCGGUGAACAUGCUGCUGCUGAACAUCAGCAUCAGUGACAUGCUGGUGUGUUUGUUCGGCACCACCCUCAGCUUCGCCUCCAGUAUCCGGGGCAGGUGGCUGCUGGGGCGGAGCGGCUGCAGCUGGUACGGCUUCAUCAACUCCUGCUUUGGUAUUGUGUCGCUCAUCUCUCUGGUGAUCCUAUCCUACGACCGCUACAGCACUCUGACUGUUUACAACAAGCGUGGGCCAGACUACCGAAAGCCCCUGCUGGCCGUUGCGGGCGCCUGGCUGUACUCCUUGUUCUGGACGGUGCCCCCUCUGCUGGGAUGGAGCAGCUACGGCAUCGAGGGGGCGGGAACCAGCUGCUCCGUGUCCUGGACGGUCAAAACGACCCAGUCGCACGCUUACAUCAUCUGCCUGUUCACUUUCUGCCUGGGCCUACCCAUCCUGGUGAUGCUCUACUGCUACAGCAGGCUGUUAUGGGCAGUCAAACAGGUGGGUAAGAUUAGAAAGACGGCAGCGCGGAGGAGAGAGUACCACAUCCUGUUUAUGGUUCUGACCACAGCGGCCUGCUACAUGCUGUGCUGGAUGCCGUACGGCGUGGUGGCCAUGAUGGCAACAUUCGGCCCCCCAAACAUCAUCAGUCCUGUGGCCAGCGUGGUGCCCUCGCUGCUGGCCAAGAGCAGCACCGUCAUCAACCCUCUCAUCUACAUUCUCAUGAACAAACAGUUCUACAGGUGUUUCCUGUCUCUGUUUCACUGCAAUCGCCAGCCUGCGGAUCAGGGCAACACGUCGAUGCCCUCGAAGACCACGGUGAUGCAGCUGAACCGCAGAGUGUACAGCAACACGGUAGCCUGCACCCCCGAGGUCACAAAGGGACCAGACAGCAGACAGACUUGAUGAAACAGAAAGGACUAAGCUUGAUAAGCCACACUUGAGACGUGAACUGCCAGGGAAUGUGAACUGAAGCAUGAUGCAUCGAGAAAGUAAAUGUACUUUAUGUGUGAGUUUGUGUUUGUCCUUGAGUUUUGUAAAAAACACAAAAAGUAUUAAAUAUACUGAAGACAUGUUUGACAAACACUAUAUGGCCAAAGCUAUGUGACCACUUCAACUUCAACACCUUAAAGAGAUUGGUGAACAUCUCAUUCCUACUGUAAACCUUGAUGACUAUCUUGCAUGGUGUUUGCUGACUUUACUCACAGUCUGUGGGCUUAAUGUAUCCCAACAAGUGUUUGCAAGGUUAUAAAUCAGGGCACUCUGCAACAAACUCUGAAAAACGAAGUCUUUAUUGUUCUUGCUUUGUUGAAACAGGCCCGAAUUAAAAAAAAGUAUUGUGCAUGACUGGAUUUGGAUUUUCCAUACACAUUUGUGGGCGUCUACUUCAGGCCAUAUAGAUUAUUAUUAACGCAAGAGCACAUUGAGGAUCAAAUCAUUUUAGAAUAAUAGUCUCACAAUGAAGUCAACCAAAAAACGUAACCAUUUCAAAUAAUAAAUAAAAAUAACUUCCAAAAUA